AUGCACUCGUUACCCCGACUAGAGUCGCUGUUUGAUACCCCCCGUCAACACUUGGGUCGCGCCUCUACUUCUGCUGCGCUGCGCCGUUACACUCCCGAAUCUGUCAGGUUGGGGUCUAGAUUCCGUGUGGUCAUCCGUCGAGGAAGGAGCCUUUUCGUCCGCAACUCCAGCCAAUUCAGAGGUACGGACUCACUCUCCCCCACCAACGCGAAUGAACCGCCUGUCGCCGGUAUGAGUGGUUCAGACCAACAAUUCGAUCCUGCCACGAUGGCUGGUCUAUCCGAGGCAUCCCAUGGGUCUGAAGACGCAAAUUUCGACAUCUUCGAAUGGUACCCACGGUAUCAAAGUUGUCAGAGAUAUUUCGUCGACCACGCACAACAUAGUGUUCCAGUUCAGGCACUUUCGGCCUUUCUCAAUAUCCAACUCCCCUUUCAAAAACAGUCAUAUCCCGUCUUCAACUCCAGUACCCCUGCCGCGGGAACAGUUCCAUCAGCUGCGAAUCAGACGGUACUAGGCUCUUUAUCAUCUCAUGCAGUGUCAUCGGUUUCGUUGAUCCCUUAUAUCAGACGCCUGGUCGCCACCGGAAUGGACUUUCCAGGGGUUCUGCAUGGAUUCUUUGGAGAUGACUGGACCGCCGGUAUAGGCCCGUUACACGAACACGAACGUCGAAACUAUCUCUUUGCCGCCAAGAGUGGUGGAUGGGCUGCUGUGAAGAAGGAAUACGAUAUGGGGUAUUCAGAAACAGUGCCUUUCUUACGACCAUUGCAAGGACCCAUUGACGCGGAACUCGAGGCUGCCGAGCGAAGUUGGAGUGAAUGGCUAGCAAUGGAGGAUUGGAUGGUUGGACCUCGUUUUCCUGAUACCCUCCAAGAUUCUUCAUCGUCACAUUCGAGAAAUCGAGGGUCGAGAUAA